UGGCGGCUCGUCUAGCUAGCUUGUGUAGUCUACUCUACGGAUAUCGUAUCUAGCUGUCACCAUUAAGCAAUAACGGGUUAGUUAGCUAGCUUUUUCAGAGUUUGCACCUAUGUCAGAGAGGGGCAGCAUCGUAGAGUGGGCAGAGACUGUCACGGAAGUGAUCAUUGUAACAGAGGAAUACCAACCUUGCGAUGGCAACACCACUACUGUUUUACUCGAGGAGCAAACUGUGAGUCCUAUCCAAAAUGUCUUGGAAACCAUGGAGACCAUGGUUCAAGAGGAGGAUGACCCUCCACCCACAGACAACAUCUAUUGUGAGGAGUGCCAUAACCUGUUCAAAGACCAGUGUGACCUCCAGGGUGGUGUCGGGCCGUCCUUCGUGCUGGACUCCCCCACUGCAACAGGAGUCCCCCAGAGGGCUCUGCUCACGCUGCCUCAUGGCCUGAUGAUUGGCAGGUCCAGCAUCCCAGGUGCAGGACUAGGGGUCAUGAACCAGGGGCCAACUGUGUCUCCAGGGAUGCACUUUGGGCCUUAUGAGGGAGAGAUCGUCACCGAAGAGGAGGCCGUGAACAGUGACUACUCCUGGGAGGUUUGCAAAAGAACGGGCGAGUACGAGUACAUCGACGCGUCGAGGGAAACACAAUCCAACUGGAUGAGGUACGUCAAUUGCGCUCGCCACGAGGAAGAGACGAACCUGUUGGUCGUCCAGUGCCGGGGGAGUGUCCUGUUCCACUGCUGCCGCUCCAUACUCGCGGGAGAGGAGCUGAUGGUGUGGCCCAGUAACCAGUUCGUCAGCCAGCCUACAGACGCCUGGAACCAGAUCUGGUUCCGGAAGUGCACUCCCGCAGAGGACGGCACGCCUUCGCAGAUGUUCCUCUGCGCCCAGUGUCCGCUCUCCUUCACCACAGAGUGCUACCUGCAGAGACACACAGAAAGCUGCCAUCCCGAAGCCAUAGAGGAGGCCCCUGCGUUACCCGGGCCAGAGGCCCCCGUAUGUGGACACCACCCAAGUCUUCCCCCUAAACUGGUAGACCUCCUCCCCGGCGGUGCGACGGAGCCGGAGGGUCCGCCGACCAACGGGGCCGCGGCGCUGUCUCCGUCGGGCCCAGCGGAGGCGUCGGGCGAGGACAAACUGGAGGACAACCCCAACAAGUGCUCCCAGUGUGGCAAGGUGUUCAUGUACUCCCACCACCUGAAAAGACACAAGCAAAGCGUCCACCUGCGGACACGGCCCUACUGCUGCAUCCACUGCAAGAGGUGUUUCAGCCAGUCGUCUGGCCUGCGUCGGCACCAGCUGACUCACCAAAAGAGGCCGUUGAGGCGGGUGAAAGUGACCCUCGCCGUCAGCGCCUCACCCAACUGCCCGUCCUCGCCUGGGGCUGAACCCACAGAAUCGGAACACCCCUCUCCAACAGAAAAUCCACCGGAUCCGUUAAAUCCUGCAACCAAUGGUACUUCAGAACCCCCGCCAGCCAUCACAGAGGACGCCAGUGGGGUAUCGGAAGAGGAAUCCCACAAGUGUUCCCUUUGCGAGAGGGUGUUCACGAACGAAUACCACCUCAAAAGACACCAACAAAACGUCCACUCCGACACGCUGAAACCCUACUGUUGCAGCCAGUGUAAGAGGUGUUUCAGCCAGUCGUCCGACCUGGACAAGCACCUACAGGUUCACCAGAGACAGAAGAAGAAGACCCAGAUGGCAGACGUAGCCUCCGAGGAUGAAGAAGAGAACCGGGUGCCUGUGGAUGAGUCCGAGGACCCAGACCCGACCUUCGUAGCGCCGCUGUCGGUGGCCCAGACGGCUGGAGUCACCACCAGGCCUCGCUCCCAGAGAAUGAAGCACCUGGGAAGCAGGUCGAGGCUGUCAGCCAUCACCAGGCUCAUAGCGCCCAAACGUAGGCAGUCGACCGUGAAGAGGAAAUCCCCAGGCCCAGUCCCGAGGGAGCAGGGCAGCCCGGAAGCGCCCGACUCCGAACCUCCAGACGGGCUGGACGGCGAGGCGACGGCGCACGGCUGCGCGGAAUGCAAGGGAACGUUCGCCGACCCCGAGGCGCUGGAGGGCCACGAGUGCUCCAAGUCCAAGGAGGGCCCGUACAUCUGCCCCAAGUGCGGCGCCGUCUUCAAAAAGUACGGCAACCUCCUGCGGCACGAGCGCGUCACGCACUCGGGGAAGACCUACCCCUGCGACGACUGCGGCCAUCUCUUCACGCGGCCGGCGGCCCUCAAGCGGCACCGGGAGAUGGACUCGUGCAGGAAGGUCCAGUUCACCUCGGAGAUCUUCCCGUGCUCCCACUGCCAGUUCUCGUUCACGUCCAAGCUGUACCUGGACAAGCACGUGAAGAGGCACCAUCCGGUGGAGUUCGUCUCCCUGCUGGGCUCCGGCGAGGCGUCGCCACGCGCCGACGACGCCGACGAGGCGCACCGCUGCGCCAAAUGCGGCAAGUCCUACAACUCCUUCAAGAGCUUCAAGGCCCACAAGUGCAUGAAGCAGAGCGAGAUCCUCUACCUGUGCACCGAGUGCGGCAAGGGCUUCUCCUGCCUGUACGCCCUCAAGCAGCACCACCUGUUCCACACGGGGGAGAAACCCCACCGCUGCCCGCACUGCGACAAGUGCUUCAUGCUCAUCGGCCAGCUCAACGUCCACAUCCGAACGCACACGGGGGAGAAGCCCUACCUGUGCACCCACUGCGGGGAGAGCUUCCGCCAGUCCGGGGACCUGAAGCGGCACGAGGGGAAGCACACGGGCGUGAGGCCCCACCAGUGCUCCGAGUGCGGCAAGAGCUUCAGCCGCCCCCAGAGCCUGAAGGCUCACCAGCUCCUCCACAGCGGCCAGAGACUGUUCAAAUGCACCCAGUGUGGGAAGAGCUUUUCGCGAGGUUAUCACUUGAAGAGGCACCACCAGAAAAUGCACACGUACUAAGGCACACGGGUCGCUUUCAGAGAUGCACAUUGGGUGUGACGUUGCCAUGACGCACCCACGUUUCUGUUUGACUUCAAAUCAAUACUUAUUGUUGAGCUUCCCAAGGGCUUCGUGCUUCAUUAGCAUUGUACACGUAGGUUUUUAUUUUGUUGAACUUUAAUUCAAGGUUUGGCAAUAGGGCUUGUCGUCCCUUAAUUCUAGAUGCGUUUUAUCUUGCGCUUUGUAAGUGCUUCCUCAAUAGAAAGCACUAGAAAAAGCCCAGUUCUGUCAUGUUGUAUAAUUGUGUAAUGUUAAUUUGUUCUGUCAUAAUUUAUUUUUACUCCCAUAACAAGCAUUAAUGUGCCACUUAACUGUGCUGGUCAUGCUAUACUCUUGCCCUUUGAGUGUCCUCAAAUGAAUCAGGAUUUUUUGCUUGCUAUAGUUUUCUAAAAUAGUUUUCUAAAAUUGACUUUGCAAAGAAUGUACCUUUUGGAAGGCUUCUUGUUUUUUAAAUAAAAUGACUUCAACAUCA